GAGAAUGUUGAGAUUUAAGAGAACAACAAAGCUUGAAGCAUUAGAAAAAAAUUAAACACUUUUGAUGCCAGUAUCCUUUGCGUUGUCGUAACUAUAUAUAUAUAUCAUCCAGGUAUCGAUUACCCGCGGCCACACCCUGGCGCAGGAAAUUGUGGAGUGGUUGUGUCAAUAGUAACCGCUAGUUUCUUGUCCAGUUAUGGUGUGCUACUUUCAUAAUAAUGGAUGGCUCCAAAUAGUCAUUACUUGUGUUUUAUUUGUGUCGUCUGGUCAAGCCCUGAGUCGUCUGCGAUAUGCCACCUAUGUUAAAGUACAGACUCAAGAAUUCACAAGACUCUAAUCAUGCUGACAUUAUUGUGAUUCUUACUGACUAUUUGACUAUUGAAUGCACAUAACUAAACGAUGGGGGCAGCAGCAUCAACAGAAAAUGAGGAAAUUGUUGUUCCUGAGAGCAGCAUGCCUCAAAGAUCACAACCACAUUUUUCUGGUACGUCUGGAUCACAAGCAGAUGUUGUCAAAAUAACAAAAGAUGGAUUUUAUCCAAGUGAGAAAAGUAUUACAGAAGGGGAGGAUGUAUUGUUUGAAUGGGAUGAAACUGCUAUUGGAGUACCUAAUCUAAUUCAGGUUGUGAAUGAUGGAAAAGAGUUGAAGCCUGUGGUUGAUGGUUAUGGAGGGUCAAGAGGACCUAAUGGGACAUUGAGGCAAAGGUUUUACCUUGGAGGACAAUAUAAGUUUGCAGUCAAUCCAAUUAGAUUUACACCAUUUACUGUCACUGUCAAAAAGCGGUCAGAUAUUAUAGUAGAAGUUACAGAUGACGGCUUCUUCCCAGCAAUCCUGGACAUCAACCAAGGUCAAGGUGUACAUUGGGUGUGGAGGUCAUGUUCUGUCCCUCACACUGUUAAGGAAUAUACUUACCUAUUUAACAAAAGAGCCUUUCAACCAAAGGAUCAAAAAAUUGUGGCCACUAUUUCAGGAGCUUAUCAACAGUCUUUCAGAAAGCCUGGUGUGUACUAUUUCAAGACAGAAAGCUCAGAGCCAGGCAAAUCUCCACUCUGUGUAGUGAGAGUCAGAAAUGGAAACAUUGAACAUAAGAUUGAUGUUUUGGAUCAUACUUUUGAGCCCUUGUGUCUUGUGGUACAGGAAGGAGAUAGAGUUUGGUGGGAGUGGACUAAAGAAAAGUGCACAAAGAUGCAUAAUAUUUUUCAAAUCAAUGCACCACCAUUAGACCAUGAAGCAGAUUCAAAUUUUGAGCCAACUUCAGAUGGUUUUCAAUGGCCCCACAAACCAAGUAAACAAGGUUUAUUAACUCAUAAGUUUACCAAAGCUGGAGUCUACUUCUACUCAGAUCGUAACUAUGAUGAAGCUGCAAUCUACAUGGGAACUAUUAUAGUCAAGCCAAAGCCCAAAGAGCAUGUAGUCAAAAUAAAUGACCUGGGAUUCUCUCCAGAUAUUCUUAGAGUCAAUACAGAUGAACUUGUCUGGAUGAUAUGGAACACAAGUUCAUACUCUACUAGUGGCAAACUUGUUCAAAUUGUUGAGGAGGAUAAGGUUCUAGGCUCAACCAUUGAGACCAGAGACACUGAGGAAAUAGAUGCUGAUCCAGUGAAAGCAGAAGAUUUGAGAGUCAUGACCAAGGCAGGCAUAGCUUUCCUCAACUUUUCCACAACUGGUGUAUACACUUACAAACUUAUAGACAAAACCAACAAGUCUAUAAGUGCAAUUUCCAUGAUUGCUAAUCCUGGACCUAAGAAUCAUACAGUAAAUGUAACAGACUUUGGGUUUGAGCCACAAGUUGUCAGUAUACGUCCUAAUGAUCGAGUAUGGUGGUUAUGGCAGCAUGUGAAAAAGCAACAUAAUAUUGUUCAGGUUUCUCACUCUAAAAAUGUCAUCCCUAAUGGAUUCUGUAGUGGUCUACCACGUGAUGGUCAAUCUGCAUUUCAUCAUCAGUUCUGUAAUUCUGGAGUAUUUUAUUUUAAGAGUGAGAAAAUACCAGACAUAUAUGGCUCUAUAGUUGUUUCAACAGAGCCAAAUAUAUGCUGCCAGGUUCAUGAAAUAGAAGUAGCCCAGAAAGAACCAGAAACAACAACAGUACAAAUUAAUGACAUAGUCUGCUGGACAUUUCCUGUUCCUGUGGAUGAGGAUGUGGUUGCAUUGAAAAGUUUAAAUGAAGCCCUAAAAUCUCCUUCAGAAAACACCAAGCUGCCAACUAAAAGACGCUGCAUAGCUAAACCAAUAAAAAAAAUAGGGAUUACUCCAUUUUUCAGCAAAUCUUUUGUAAAGUUCAGUAAUAACAUCAAUGUUGUUGUUUGUGAUGAAAGAACAGACUUUGUUAUUGUUAGGGUUUUUAAGGAAUUUGGUUUCCGCCCUAAAGAGAUCUACUUACAAAAGGGUCAAAAUUUGAAGUGGACAUGGAUAGGAACUGAUGAAGCUCACAACAUCAUUAAUUUCACUUACCAAAAUAGUAAUGAUUCACAGGACAAAAACUCUGGAAAAACAUAUAUUCACAGUGGUAAGCCUGUGAUAAACAGUAGCUUUGUCUUUCCUUUUGAUGACCCUGGUGACUAUUUAAUAAUAUCUGAAGGUGCACCUAGCCACAGCUGUAGUGUUCAUGUCAAGGAUUCUAUUCCUCGGUCUUCAGCCCCUAACAUUAGUUCCCAGAGUGAGUUAAUAAAUGAUCGUGUCACAGUGUUUCUAGAGACCACGAAUCCAAAUGCUGAUAUUUAUUACACUACAGAUGGGACUCUACCAGCACUCCACCUGGAUGGUAUAAAUCAUUACAAGCCUGAUGAAGGUAUAACUAUGAAAAAAUCUGGCAUUGUCAGAGCCAUUGCUUUGGUGAAAGGAGAGGUCCAGAGCUACCAAGUCACAUCACUACCGAUAUGGAUUGAGACAAAAGAAGAGGAUGAAGAAAAGGAUACAGAAGAAGUAGAAGAUGCUGCAAUAGUAGAGCCACAGAAGCAGAAUGUACCCAGUUGGUGGCUCUGUCGUCCAGAAAUACAAGGUUGUUUUACAGGUCCUGGAUUGUUUGAAGUUUUUUGGAAACUGCCUGAGUUAGAAGAAGCUAAAAAACUAAUUAAAGGGUACAACAUAUUUUUGAAUGAUGUCUGCUAUUGCACCAUGUUUCCACCAUCAAACAAUCGAGUUGGUCUGACAGGUCUUGCAGGAGGAAGAACUUAUCAGAUCUAUGUUGUGGCGUACCCAAAGGAUCCAAAAAAUACUGAGAUAAAAUCAAAAAAUUUGUAUGCAAAAUGUCCAAUUUUAACAGAGGAUAAAGGCCCAGUUAUCUCCAUUGUCAAAACUGAAAAAAGAGACAGCAUUGCUAUUGUUUGGAUGUCCAUUGACAAAUCUGAUUGUCCAAUUGAUGGCUACCUUGUCUUUCUCAAUGACACCCAGUGUGGUCCAAAGCUGGUCCCUGAUGCUAAUUCCAAUAGAUGUAAAGUUGUUAUAGAUGGAUGCGAUCUUGAUAUGGACUAUAAAAUCCAUGUCCAAGCAGUUUUAAAAAAUUUUGCAAGGACUCUGAUCUCCAAUAUGUUAUAUAUUCGCUUACCUCUCAACACUGCUGACUUUGUUUACCCUGACAUAGCAGAAAGAAGAGAGGAUGAAGAUUUAUACAAUGAGUAUAUAGAGGUGGUGGAAGGAAGUGGCUAUCAAACAAACAUUGACAAUCAAGCCAGUGAAGUUUGGGAGACAGAGACAGACACGACCUCAGGGCUAGGAGAUAAUGACCUACAAAAGAAUGAUGGGGAAAAUGCUUUUAGAGCUGGUGAUCAAGACAAUAUCAAUGAUCCUGAUGUGACUGUGGCACCAAUAGUUCUCCCAGGAAGUGAUGAUGAAGAUGAGAAAGAGAGUGUGAAACAUCUCAACCAAAUUGAUGACUCCACAGUUUUCUUAGAUGCUGCUUCAAACAAAGAAACUGUUCAGACUGGUGUUGAGAGGGAAUUUAUUAAAUUGCUAGGGUCUGAACCAGGAAGUAAGCCUGGAAUGGGAUUGGCUAUCAUAGAAGUUCAGAAAUCUUUGUCUUUGGAUAAAAUUGGCCACCAGACAUCAUUAACAGUACCAGCAGCUGACUUGAAAAUGACCAGGGUCAAUGAAGGGGAGCUGGUCCCAGGUGAUGAUAAUGGCCUAUUACCCACCCCAUCCAUCAUGGCAAGGUCAAUAGAUAGGCAGACCAUGGAGGUGGGCUGGAGGCUGACCCGUCAGGUGGAGCCUCCACAUGAGUUGCAGCUGUAUGUUGUUAAUGUUAUGGGCACCAAAUUUUCCAGCCAUAUUAAUAGUGACAUCAGCUAUGAAUGUAAUCUUGUUGAGAAUGGGAGACAAGUUCGAGGUGUGCAGCAUUGCUGGAAUAUUGAUAAGAAAAAUGAAUGCAUAGUCCAGGGCCUCCUCACAGGAAACACCUAUAGAACAUAUGUUGUAUGUAAUUUCUGUAUGACCUCAGAAGGUGAGACUUGUGAGACACAAACCUCAUCGCCAGUUCUCUAUUAUACCAUUGUUGGACCACCAAGCCCUCCCACUAUACAGACAACUAAAGUGGACACAUAUCAGGUCUGCCUUGAAUGGGCGGAGCAAGCCAAUGAAAAAGGUCUUCAGGUUAGAGGGUUUCAAAUCUAUGUUGAUGAGAAAUCUUUGGGUAAAGGUCGCAGUGCAGAUGUUAGGACGAUGACCAUCAACAAUCUUGUGCCUGGGAAGACAAUGAGCAUAUAUGUCACCGCCUUUUCAGAGUUUGGACAAGAUGAAAGUGAGCCAUCAAGAACUGUCCACAUCACUUGUCCUCCACGACCCACUGCGCCAGUUAUUUCUCAGCAACCAUCUUAUAAGAGAGGCUCUGUUCUGAUUGGUUGGACCAAACCAGAAAGUCAGGGGCUUAACAGUAGAGAGGAAGCGAUCUCUUUCUAUGUAAUUUACUUGGAUGGCAAAUGGCAUGGAGAAGUCAAAUCCAAUCAGUUAUAUGAUAAGCAAGGCUAUCGUUUCUAUCUGACUGACUUAUCCCCAGAGCAAAGUUAUGAUGUAUCAGUAAAGGCUGUAGCAGGGGAAAGAAUCAUAGACCAGAAGGCCCAACAUAUUUACUGCCUCUCUGAGAGUCCAAUGUCCAACAUCAUACCAGUUAUGGCUCCUGCAGCUCCAAGGUCACCAAAGCUUAGGCUGGAAGGUCUUCAUCCUGAAGGUAUAGAUGUCACCUGGCAGAUACCCCAACAACUGGGUGAUGCAUUUAUUUCUGGCUAUCAAAUGCUGAAAAAUGGCAAGUUGUAUGGUUCGAUUAUCCCCCCUGAUGUAAACAGUCUCAGUAUUCGUGAUGUGAUUCUUGGGGAGAAGAUUGAGCUCCAGUUGAUCGCUCUUACAGAACAUCCUGUUGGCAAGUCUGAAGGCAGCAAAGAUUCGGGCAGAGGCACUUCAAGUCAGGAGGAAAAAACACCAGACAUCUUCACUGGGGAUCAUUAUGCUGGUUGUAAACCAGGUCCUAAGCUUGUGGUCCACUACACUGGAUUAGUCAGUCCUCCAUCAGAAGUAUGGUGUGAGAAAGCUACUGGUCAUUCACUCCUAAUUGUCUGGACAAAAAAUAGUGAUACCAAAGCUCACUUUGUUAGGCCGGAUAGUUAUCAAGUGACCUGGUGGCCUGGAGACAGAGCAAAAGAUGAAAUACAAAGUGACAGUACUACAGAUGAUCAUCUUCUAAUAAAUGGUUUACGGCCAUCAACAUCAUAUACUGUUGUAGUGGAAGCUCGAAAGACAGAAAAAUAUACAGAUUUCGAUGAAGCUUUUGAGGAUGAUAAAUCUGAGGGAUUGAAUUCAUUCAUCCUGUCUUCCAAGUCAGAACAACUUCAUAUUAGGACAGCAAGCCCACCAGAUCCUCCAUCUAAUGUGGGCAUUGUGGCCAUGACAUGUCACAGUAUUAAGGUUGGCUGGGACCCACCAAGGGAGCAUGGAUCCGAGAUCAUAGGAAUCCGAGUUGAAUGUAUAUCACAAGACCCUGACAAUGCUCAAGUUGUAUCAGCAGACACACUGCCAGAUGCAACCAGUGCUGAUUUAACAGGACUAAGUGAAAAAACAGAUUACCUGUUAAAAGUCAUCACUGUAACAGAGGAGUACUUUGACCAGCUACCAGAAAAGAACAGACUCAAACAGAUGAGAAAUUUCCCUCCAAACAUUUCAUCCGUUCAGGAAGAGUCGCAGUGGUUACCUUUCACAUGCAUACUCUUUAAAACUUCAGGGACAGAACCUCCCUGCAAUGUCAAGGUCAUAAAAGCAACAAUGACUGCCUUAACCUUGAAUUGGACACCACCUCUGGUCUACGGCACUAACAAGCUGACUGGGCAGAUUGUGCGCUGGUCUGCAGUCAGGUCAGCACAGCAGAAUAAAGACAAUGAUCUCCACAUUGCCAGCCAUGUUAAGCUUCUGCCUACAGAGGACACACUUACAAUUGAUGACUUGCUGCCAGGUACCCAGUACAACAUUGUUGUUGAGGCCGUAGUCAGUGUGAAAACUUCCCUGGAACCAGAAAAGUGGGAUGGUAAUAACAUUGAGAAAAACAGACGCACUGCUCACGUUUUAUCUAAACCUCUGCUGGCCAGGACUAGAGCACCUAUCGACCCACCACAGUUGAUGGUGACCUCAUACACCCAGAAUAGUGCAACUUUGACCUGGGAGAAACCAAAGCUUGUUACUGUUGUAGGGAAAGAUAGUGAUGGAAAUCCUAAAUGUUUAAGAAGGUACCUUCAAGGCUACAAGCUAGAGAUCAAUGGUAAACUUCAGACCUGCAUAGGACCAGACUCUACUUCUUGUACAUUGACCAAAUGUAAACCUGGCAGGAACUACAGUGUUGUGCUUGUGGCAGUCAGUUGUACAGCAGAAGGAAGGAAAGCAAGAAAACAAAAGUAUGAGCAUUUAAACAAGGAAUCAAAUUCUGGCAAUGUGGACUAUAUGAGUUUAUUGCAAGAGGAUGAAAACUUAGAUGAAGCUCCAUCAGAUCCUCUUAGUCUUGUACUCCCCAGAGAUCAAGAUGGGUUUCUGGAGAGUUUGGAAGCCAAGUUCCAGCCAGUGUCAGAGAAAGAUACAAAUAUAUUUGGUGACAUAGAACUGAGUUGGAAGCUGCAGGGCAAUGUGAAGCUGGUCAAGCAGUUCAGUGUGGUCUGGUACUCCAUGGAGGACAGAGUCAUACAAACCAAGUUUGUCUCUCCAGAACAGAGAAGGUGUACCAUUCCUGUUUCAAGAAUUAAAACAAUCUACACCAUGAAAGUUGAACCAAGCUAUUACUCUGAUGUCCUAUCCCAGCAGUGUCAAGAAAUACAGCUUAUGGUACCUGGGCCACCAGAUGCACCUCAAAUAUUUCUUCGCUCAUUGGACCUAGAUGAAUUCUCUAUUGAAUGGGGAGAGCCUAGUCUCUAUGGGGGUGUGAAAGUCAAAGGUUACCAGGUUUUACUCAAUGACAUCAAAGCAGGCAGUGAGUUGACACCAAGACAAACUAAAGCAACAAUCCCAUGUAAACCAAAGAAAACUUAUCGUGUAAAUGUGAUUGCCUUGAGUGACAACUCUCUCUAUGGGGAUUCCCCAAAGUCCAACACACUUGUCAUCAAUUCUUCAGGCCAGGCUGGGACUAGCUAUGAAAUGACUCAGUCAGAUGAUUAUGGGAUACCUGUCAAGGUGGUCAAGGUCUUAGAAAAUAGCAUACAUCUGGACUGGAGCAAUUUCGUAGAAAAAGAAGAAUUGGCUUAUUACACCAUUCAGUGGAGCAGUGUAGCUCAGCCUGAUCAAAGGGAAGUCAAAUUGUCCAAACAUGACACAAACUGUGUGAUCAAUAAAUGUCUUCCUGGCACUACUCACUUCAUGAGGGUGAUUGCUCUCAGUACAGAUGGCCAGAUUUUAGAAAAGUCAAAGCAGAUGACAAUACAGACAUCAGCUCCACCAGAUGUACCAAAACUUUCUGUCAGGGCCUGCAACUUUCAUUACAUCGCCAUUCAGUGGAACAAACCAACAACUUAUGGUGAUGCUCUGAUUACUGGCUACAAAGUGUAUGUGAAUGGCAUCGUGGAGGCCAUCUUGAAUGCAGAUCAACUCAGUUACACAUUUACUCAAGGAAAAUGGUGCAAUGAAUAUGCUUUUCAAGUUCAGGCCUUAACAGCUGGUGAAACACUGAACAGUAAACCAUCAGAGCCUUUAAUUGUGACAUGGCCUGGAAGCAAGCCACCAGAACUCAGACGUCUUCCUUCAGUCAGCAGCUCCACAAUACGUGUUGCAUGGAGUGAACCCUAUCUAACCGAUGGAAUUAAAGUCAAACAUUAUAAGUUGUGUUGUGUUGAAUCUGGAAGUGACCAAAUUGUACAGAGUGUUGGCCCCAUACAUCCAGACUCUAAGGAAGGAGAGAUAAAAAAUAUAAAGAAAGGCAAUUAUUCUGUGUAUUUAGAAAUACAUUUGUAUGGAACUGACACUGUGAUAAAAACUGAGCCAUUCCCUAUGCAGCCAGCUCUAUCCCCUGACCCACCAAAUAUAUCAGUUGCACUCGUUGGUCUUGAGGAGAGACGGCAGAUAGAAAAAUUUACCUGUGAUCUUGUCAAUAAAAGAGAUAGGUUGAUACGAGAAGUUGGUCACAAGCUUAAGAAAAUUGGAGCAUUGACAUUUCCAAUGAGAGCUGAAAAAAAUGAGGAAGUUGUGAUGGGAGCUCACUCUCUCACCCAUAUAGAAGAACUUCUAGAAUCAUGUUUUAGUUCUCUUGACAGCUACACUGGUCAGCUGACAGCUAUUGUCAGUUGGCAGUGUCCACAGUCAAAUCCUGACAUGCAGGUAUCAGAGUAUAAGCUGCUUGUGGAUGGCAAACAAUAUGGUAGCUCCAUUCCAUCAGGGGCAAAAAGUAUUCGAAUUCAGCUUGGCCUUGAGCAAUCCAGUUAUAAAAUUACUAUGGUGGCAUGCAGUGACAAGCCACAAGGUACCAGUGAUGAAUCCAAUGCUGUUGAGGUGCUGGCUUUAACUUUCAAACCAUUUACUUAUUAUUGUUACCAUGGCAUUCACAUCAAAGAUACCAAAUAUCCUAACAAGGGUUGCUGCAAAUUUCAAGACUCCAUCGCAUAUGAACGUCAAAUAGCCAAGAAAUUGGCAAACCAAGGUUUGCUUCAGAAACAUGUCCCCCCACCUUCCUGCAAUGUUUUGGACAUUUUUGAAGGAGAUUACAAACCAUUAUUGUCUGUGCACAAACCAAGUUGUCCAACUGUUUUGCUGUUUUGGACGCCAUGGUGCUUGUCCUCUCAAAAAUUAAUGAACAAUUUCACAAGAUUUGCUCAGGAAAAUAAUUCAUUGAUGUCUUACAUAGCAGUGUCUUGUGGCAUGCCUGGGGUCUCAAAUGAAGGAAAAAAAUCCCUGAAACAGAUUAUCACUUCAAAUGGCUGGUUUGAAGACAGGGUCAUUUGGCAUGUGACUACAGAAUGUGGCUCAAAUGUUUAUAGAGCUAUUAAAAAACAUGAUUCAAAGACAGAUAGACAAAAAGACAAGUCAAUGGAUUUGGCUGAUAUUCUUGGCAUAGCUGGAGUACCAACCUUUUUAUUUAUACAUCCUGAAGGUUACAUAGCUUGGCAUGGACGCUACUGUGCUUAUGAUUACCCAUCCUUUGAAGCCUUUAUGAAGCACACUUUGAGUGAAGUAUUGAGACAACCCUGCUAUGUUUUCCAUUGUGAUAGUUGCAAGGGGGAAACAACAGUAGAUGAAGUUAUGGCCCUUCAAUUACCAAGUGUCAUUAGUGCAUCUCAGACACGUCACCUAGCAGCCAGAAGCCAUUCACCUACCAGCUCCUCCGACAGAAUAUCCAGAUCUGACAUGAAAUAUGCUGCCAUCAAUGGCUACACUAACAGUGUCAGUGGGACAGACAGAGUGUUUGUGACAGAGACCUCUCGCCAAAGGUCUUCAAGCCCACGCUUGCGACCUCCAAAGCGAAGUAAUAUCUCAGUGAACAGGCGACCCUACUCAGCUACAAAUAACGAUGCUCAGAAUAUGCUUGAUAAAUCUCCAUACUUGGCCUGUGUGGCACCACAUAUUCACCAGCCACACAAGUUAAUGCUUCGGCCAGCAAGUGCCAAGAAACUAAUGCAUUAUGUGUAAUUUUUAUGUAACUCUUCUUUUAUAUAAUAUUAUAUACAAGAAAUACAUUUUGUUGAAUUUAUACUAUUCCAAAAUUGUUUUAUAAAAUCAAACAUUAAUUUCUAUUUUGUAACAAAACAAUUUAUCUUUCAUAUAUUCACUUAUGUUCUAUUCAUUAAUGUUGUUUUUUGAGAAUAUAUAAAUUUAUAUCAUUUACCGGUACUUCAAUACUCUUUUGUUCCACUUAUGAUUAUUAGCUCUUAGUCAUCCUUAGGGUUUUAAAGUAUUUUAAUUACAAUUAGAGCAAUAGUUGGAGUCAAAUUGUAUUUAUAAAAACAACAACAAUAGAAAGUUCAUGUAAAUCAUGAAAUUUAAUUUGAAAUGUUUUUUUCUUUCCUACAUCUAAAGCAUUUUAUUUACAAGAUCAAAUCAAAACUUUAUACAGAUCUCAUUGAACAUUUGAGCUCAGUAUGAAAAGCCUAUUGAAGACUAAUUUUAUACAUUAAUAGAUCACUUAUCUAGAUCACUAAAUUUUUUAAUCUGAAAAGGUUAUUUUUGUUCAUAUUUUUUAUUAUUGGUGCAUAUUGUAAUUGUUAUAAAUCUCAUAUGAACUGUGAUAUUUAAAUUUGUUUAUUUAUUUUGCAUACAUGUUCCAUUCCCUGUUUAUUUAUUAUCAAGUUAUUUCUAUCACUAUUUGUUCACAGCCCAUUACCAUUCACCACAAGCUCAUUUUUGUAUAUUUGAGAUGACUGUUUCAGAUAUUUGCUUCCAAUGGAGUUGUCUAGUGAUUUAUUGCUAAUCAAAACAGCCAUUAUCUUUCAGUUCCUUUGCCUGAAUAGAAAAUAUAUGCUAACUCUGUACAAAUGUUAAUUGUAUUCAGGAUUUAGAUUUUCAAAUUAUUAGCCAAUGAAGUUAUAAAGGAUAGGGAGGCAUUGUCACACAUCCUGGAAUUGCAUUACAAAAUUCUUGUACAUCCAUACAAUAAAAAGGCCAAAAGAGGUGGCUAGAAGAUAAUUUUUUUGUUACAUCACUUUAUCAGCUUUAGUGUUGCUUCACAGUUGAUGCCUUGUUAACUUGUUUAAACACAACUUCCUACUGAUACUACUAAUAUCAGUAUAGUAAUUUUGUGUGCUAUCAUAUUGCUUUAUUUUAUGAAUUAAUUGUUUCUUUAAGACAUUUUUCUAGUCUCCCCCUUCUCUUUGAGAUUUUUCAUUUAGUCCAAUAUAAUAAAUUUAAGUUAGCAUACUCAGACAGAUACUGAGUACUCCAAUAAGGCUGCUAAUUGAAAAUUAAUAAUGCUAGUGCCAUAUUCUUUUUUUUAACUGAACUAUUUAUUAUUAUCUGCAAUUUUGUAUCAUAAUAAUUACACUUUAAAAAAUACUCUUUAUCAUAUUCACCUGGUCAAAAGAAAAUUAAACUUGGACUUCUA